ACAAACAUUUUCUGGCCACACUGGAUUCAACACGUGCAGUCAAGUUGCUAGUGGCAUUUGGAAAUUGUCCGAUAAAUACCUAUAUAUUUAGUAAAGCAUUUAUGUUGAAUAAAAUAAGGAUAUUGCUAAACUGGCGUUGAAAAUUGUUGCUAACGCUGUGAGGUUUUUAAGGCAAUGGUUUGCAUUCAAAAAGCUGCACAGCUAAACACCAAAAUAAGAAAGCAGCACAGUGCAACUACCAACACGGAAUCAGAAAGGCGUGCGUCCAUUGAUAACUCAGUCGUGACAACGCGGGAGUGCUAUUCCAAACCUUUUGAUAUAGAAAAACCACCUAAUAUGGAUUUUGAAGAACUUGACGAUAAACUUAAGCUUGAAUUUUUGGCCGGCGCCAAUCUUGUAAAGCACCCACCACUUUUUGCUCCUGGUGGCGAAUUUCUAUUUAUACGAUACAAGGACGUAGUGCGUGUAUAUUCCACAGCAACAGGCCAGUUGGCACGUCAGCUUACAGGCGCUGGCGCCAUUCUUAUUUCGAUGGAAUUAGAAUUGCAAGAUAAUGAAACCCUCGUUGCAUGUACAAAUAAUGGAAAAGUAUGUCGUUGGCAUUGGCAAACUGGGCGACUUCAACAGACGCAUGAUUUGAAAAUGGAUCCAAAUCAAAAAGUGUUGACUUUUAAUUUGCUUAAUUUUUAUGCCAACUCAAAAACGGCUUGUGCUCUUGUAACAUUCCGUGACGAUAAUGAGGAGGAAGUAAAAUGGUUUGUAGCGGACACAAGUAGCGCGGAGCGUUUAAAUGUGCCUUGCCAAUUGAAUCUGCUGAACAAUGAUCCGCUUGUGGCGGUGGACACGAAAAUGUUCAAGUUCAUCGCAAUAGUGCAAGGCAGCUACGUAUACUUUCUUAAUUACAAAACAUGGGUAUGGAAGAGGUUAUUCAAUGCACAUCGUGUUCCUAUCACUGUUGUACGAACACAUCCACAAGAAGAGGCGGUAAUCACUGGAGAUGAAACUGGUAAAAUUUUUCUGUGGCGUGAAUUCAUGAGCACAGCCUCAGUGAAAACGACACUCUAUCACUGGCAUCAUACCUCUGUGACCAGCAUAGCUUUUACACCAACCGGUACUGGAUUCUACAGCAGUGGUAAUGAGUCGGUGCUUGUGCAUUGGAAUAUCAAGCGUCCAGAUUUGCGUAAUUUUUUGCCGCGCAUGGGCUCCGUAAUUUGCCAGCUGUGCGUCAAUGAUGAUAAUUCACAAGUUGCAGUUCUCACUGCUGAUAAUGCUGUCCAGUUCGUUGGCACCGACAACAAAGUAAUUAGAACCUUGCAGGAAUUCACCUACAUUGAAGACGAUAAAACGGGUAAUAGCAAAUUCCCAGUGGGCUUGCGUUUGAAUCCUCGCACAAACACGCUAGUGCUAAAUGGCAAGCAUGGUCAUUUACAAUUCUACUCUGUUUACACCAAGAAUAUGUUGUAUAAUAUGGACAUUGUGAUGCAAAAUCAGCUUUCAAUGGAGAGUGAUAAGGUUCUUUAUAACAUAGCUGUGACAAAGGCAGCAUUUAACAUCGACUGGAUGGCCACUGGCGAGGUAUUCAACGAUCGCGAACAUUUACCUGAGUUACGUUUGAAAUUCUGGAAUUAUGAUGAGGCUGCAAAAACUUACUCACUUAACACAAAUGUGGAGCUUCCGCAUGAAGGUGGCUUUAAAGCCAUUGAAUUCUCAAAUCCAAGCCAAGUAGACAAUCUGCUGUGCGCCACUGUAGGCGAAGAUAAUAUCAUAAAGAUGUGGUCGCUCGAGGAGUCGGAUAAUAUAUAUAAAAAAGGGAAAGUUUGGUAUUGCAUAGCGGAAACAAGCUACAGCGGUUUGCCGAUAGAAUCUAUCUCAUUCUCGCAAGAUGGCUCUGUACUGGCUGCUGGUUAUGGCAACACGCUGUGCAUUUAUAGGGCAGAAAAUUUGAAACUUAGAGCAGCGCUAACACCACCUACUGGCUUUGAUGGUGUGGUCCCAUACGUGCACAUCAGUUUGCGACGGAAAGGUGUAGAGUCACCGUUAAAAGAUGAGUUCACGCCAGAAAAACGAAAAUGGUGGCUGAAACUAUUCAACAACUUUGUAGAAAAAAACGAUGAAACUAUUGUUAAGGAGCUGGACAAGUUAGCUAAGCGGUGCGAAAAAAUCGAUUUUAAGCCCGAAGAAGUAGCUGCAGAAGAAAUCGAUGAGGAGACAAAAAAGGAGCUGUAUAACAAAAUAAUGGAUAUGCAUCAGCUUAAUUUCUUUCAUAAAGUGCUGUUAUUCCAACGCCUCGGUAUACGCAUAAACGUGCAUCCUGAGGGGCGUGAGCGCAUACUCUCCUACUUGUACGACACAAUGUUACCAGAAGGUCAGAGGGAGCGCCUGCGCGAAAUGCAAGAGGAAGUGAAGCAUCUUACCGUGAGACAUCGCUACCGAGCGAAAUGGCGUUUACACGAAUCUGAGAAAAGGCUUAAUCGAUAUGAAGCGGCUGUGCAAGAAAAACUAUUGCCCCUUAUGGAGGUGCUCGAUCUCUGUGAUGAAAGUUCGAAAGAAGCGCUUGCAAACGGAAAUAAAACGAAUAACGGCUCCGCAUCAGCAUCUGAGGCGACGAGAACAAAAGUGGGUGUCGAAAAGUCAGACGAAGCGGAUGCGGUCGAACAAAUUACGCUGCAUAACCCAGUAAUUGCGCAGAUCUCGAAGGUGGAAUUUGCGGCUGGAGAAUGGGCGCAUUUGGUCAUCGUCUGCACAGAAAGACGUGUUCUGAUCUACAAUUUACUUACGCUACGAUUACAUGCUGCAUGCAAGCUGUCCGUCGAGCAUUUGGCAUUCGAUCCCAUAAGCAAUUUAGUGGCUGUCUUCACCAAGUAUAAUGAAUUGUACGUAUUCCAGCCAAAUGUACCGCUGUCCAUUUAUCGACGUCGCGAUAUGCCACCCUUGCUGGGCGCCGCGUGGCUGCCCCGACGACAUCCCAAAAACCGUUCGUUGAAUGUUGACUGGCAGGCGGUAUCUACGUUGUACUUUUUAACAGAUCAGCAGGAAAUCUACUACUUGGGCGUGCCAGAUAGUGCGGACGAUGAUGCGCCGCCCCCAAUUACCUUCAGCAGUUCGGCUAAUCAAGCAAUGCAGUAUAGUACCUUCGGCACUUUUGCCACCCAACAGCACUCAGAUAUGAAAAGCAGCACACGGCAGUCGAUUGGACCGCUGGUUAUCGGUAAUUCGCACAAAAUGGCUGUGAAAUCGGUGAGUGAAUGCUUUAUUUUUUUGCUAAAGUUAAGGCAUGAUGACGGUUAUUUUUAUAUUUAGAUUAUGGUUGACUUUAUAAGUUCGACAUUUUAAAAUAUUUAGGCCCAUUCGUCGCUCGAAUCGAAAAGGUUGAGUAGUAUUUUUUAA